CACGUGGCUGUCUCAUGAACACAAGUAGCUCCACAGCAGGCACAGGCAGUUUAUAUGUUGGGUGGUUGUACGGGAAUAAUUGUGAAUUCUUUGCUCUGGCUGCAAGAUCUGCUCACUGGUUGAGAGCAUAUCAUCCAGUAUUAAGAGCAUUAAUUGGGCUCUUGGGUAAAGAAUGCAGGUCUUUGGGGGCCUGCUGUGGUUCUGUUGAAUGGGAGAACAUUAUUGGGGAGAUAGAACACGAAUGAACAUGGGUCUGAGGAGGUGUUUAGGAAUUAGGGCUUGUCUUUUUGGAAGAGUCUGUUAGGUUAGCCACAUGUUCACUUGGAAAACAAAGGAGUUUAUUGGUCAAGGCGGCCUGGAGUAGGAGAGUGGAGGUGAAUCGUGUUCCAGCGUCUGGGAGGACAGUAAAAUGUCCAUCUGCAAACCCAGCAGGAAGUGAAGCUGCGCAUGACAGGGAUGGCACUACAUGUGAUUCGCUGUGAUGGCUUCCUAGCACUCUACAAUGGGCUUAGCGCCUCACUCUGCCGACAGAUGACGUACUCCCUCACCCGCUUUGCCAUCUAUGAGACUGUGAGGGAUCGCUUGACCCAGGGUGCCCAGGGGCCAAUGCCCUUCUACCAGAAGGUGUUGCUAGGUGCAGUAGGAGGUUUUGCUGGUGGGUUCGUGGGGACCCCAGCUGACAUGGUGAAUGUCAGGAUGCAGAAUGAUAUGAAGCUCCCUCUGAAUCUGAGGCGCAACUACUCGCAUGCUCUGAAUGGGUUAUAUCGAGUGUUUCGUGAAGAGGGUGUGAAGAAAUUGUUCUCUGGGGCAACAAUGGCUUCCAGUCGAGGAGCCCUAGUUACCGUUGGACAGCUCUCCUGCUAUGAUCAAGCCAAGCAGUUGGUUCUUGGGAGUGGUUUGCUCUCCGACAAUAUUUUCACCCAUUUUCUGGCCAGCUUUAUUGCUGGUGGGUGUGCCACAUUCCUGUGCCAGCCCUUGGAUGUGCUAAAGACACGGCUUAUGAAUUCCCAGGGCGAGUAUCGGGGCGUCAUGCACUGUGCAAUGGAGACUGCCAGGCUUGGACCAUUGGCCUUUUAUAAGGGCCUUGUUCCUGCUGGAAUCCGUUUGGUCCCACACACUGUGCUCACAUUCGUCUUUCUGGAGCAGCUGCGAAAAUACUUUGGGAUUGUAGUGUCACCCUAAGGAAGGAAGGGCCUGUCUAGCUGGAGACGUGAAAGAGAGGAAGGAAAUGGGCCUGAAAAUUGGGACCGUGCUAUGCUCAGGCAUCACACACACGCUCUUGUCAAGAUGCAGCACUCUUGCAGUGCACUUCUUAGUGCCAUAGCCAAUAGCUGUCCUCUCCCAGGAUGCCUCCUUCUUAGUGCCUGAUAGCUAAUCACGAGCCAACCCUUCAUUAUUGUUUGGUGCCUAAUGGUGUAAGCCAGCCAGCCAAUUGUAGAAUUUCCUCAUUCAUUACCCGGUGUCAGUGAGUAGCCAAUCCACAAAUGACUUUCUCUCAUGCCCACCAAUCCACAAAUGUCUCUGUCCCUUGCCCAGGAGUGCUACAAUGCUGCCUUUAGUGCUAUACUCCUGCUGAUCUCACAGUCGUCUUGUUUAAUGCCCAGCAAUACCGCAAUGCCUCUGCCUAGCAGCCAGCAUUCCAACAACCGUAUCUGUUUAAUUUCCUUCCAGCACGCUCGUCAGCUGUACCUUGCAGUGCCAUCGUGCUCCAUCUCAGUGUUGUGGGCAGUCAAUCUUCAUACCCGCAAUGCCUCCUUUUGUGGCCCUCUUCCGAUUUGUUGCCAUCCUAAUAGUGCGCCCAGUAGCUUCCUCCCAGGCAUCCCAUAAUGCUGGGCAUCCCCAUUUCUUCCCAGGAAGAAAAGAAAGUGUCUUAAAUUGGUCAUUUCUCUGGCCCUUUUAAAUGUUUACGGCUAGCAGCCCAUGCAAGAUUCUGGUGGCUGCUGCAAACUCAUAAUAGCAAUAUGCUAACUGAGCAAAUGUCUCCUUUUUUCCCCCUCCUUGUCCUUCAGGACCCCAGUUUUUAAUUUUUUUUUCAAAGACAUUGUUUCCCUUACUGCUUCCCACCUGCUCCCUUAUUCCUACCUCAGUCUCCAUUUACCUUCAGGGCUACAGCCUAAGGAGCAGGUGGCUGUUGUAGCUAUCACCUGUGUCAGGAAGAAAUCUCUUGCACCCAAACACCAAUCUCCAGAGAAGUUUAGCAUCCCUUGCCUUUAUUUUGCCUCUUGGUUCAGCAUUCAAGCCCUGAUUAACCAAAGCCUUCUGAAACCAAAGGGCCCUGUUGGGUUCUCGAACCAAUGACAGUGGGAAGCAGGCUUCUGAAGUGCUGCUAAGAAGCAAGAAGCAAGUAAGCUGGCUGGGGUGGGGGGUUUCACCCAGCUCCUGUAUGCCAGUCAAGUAGGCAACUAGCCUACUCCAAGCCAAGAGAAGGAAGGGGGGAAGGAGGGUAUAGGCCCAAGUGGCCACGGUCUUAUGGGUCAGUGCUUGCCUGAAUACUUGCAGUCUGUCAUAACUGCACUUAUCCUCACCCAGGGGUAAUGUCUGUAUUGUGCUUAAGAGGACGGGUUAGGACUGCAAGGCAGGGAGCUCUGUAUUUACUACAGUUACUUCAGAACAAAUUGUCGGAGUAACACCCUCUUUUUUCCAAGCCUCUUCCUUUCCAUGCUGCCUGUCCAAGCUCUGCUGUGGCAGGUCCUCUGAGCCUUUUUGGUAGCCCUGGAGGAGGCCUAGACAGCCACGGAGCUUCUCCAGGUUGCCUUGCCUCACUGUGAUGUCAUAUAGCAUCGGUUUUUUUUAAUGUCUCUUGCUGUGGCCUGCCCUGACCCUGUUUAAUUAAAUAGUUGUGUCUGUUUUGUUGUGUUCCUUCUCGCUGCUGGCUCCUGUCACCCUCUUCCCACCCACUAGCAUGUGGAUGGACCGUCCCCCAUGUGUGACUUUGUCAUUCCAGAGGGUCAUGACCCACAGACUUGGAGAACCAGAGCGAGUGAUCAGCACUUUUGUAAUCAUGGUCAAUAAAGUGAAUUGAACAAA